AUGGCCAGCUAUGUCUUCCUCCUGUUGUCCUACCUUCUCGUCUCCUCUGCGUCUGCAUGUGAUCGGUGCGUGCACAAGUCCAAGACAUCCUACUUCUCGUCACCAUCUUCCCUCGCAGGUGCGCCCCGCAAUCGAAUGAACCCCUCCCCCCCCCUUUGCUGUUGCCGAUAGCUCCGGGGAUUCUUAUUUCUCGUUCCUGCAAUACAGGCGGGGCCUGUGGGUAUGGCACCACGGUCACAGAGCUCUACGGAGGAAGGUACCCUGUGGCGGCGGCGGCCUCUUCCUUAUACAGAGGAGGGGUGGGCUGUGGAGGCUGUUUUCAAGUAGGUAGAAGACAGAGAGGAACCUAAAUGUCCUUCUGGGGAGGCCGUUUUCAAGUGCUUCUGUUUCUUCGUUCAGAUUCGCUGCAAGAAUAGGAAGUUCUGCACCGGCGCAGGGGUGAAGGUGGUCGUGACGGACCUGAACAAGAGCAACCAGACGGACUUAGUGCUCUCCCUGCCGGCGUUCCUGGGCAUGGCCAAGGAUGGAAUGGGGAGGACCCUCAAGAGACUCGGCGACGUCGACGUCGAGUACAAAAGGUGGGAGAUGAUCCGGCCAAUCCUCUGCCAAGCUCAUCGAUAUCGUUUGCUAACUCGAGGCCCCUCCGAUCUUGGGGGACUAUCGACCAGGGUUCCCUGCGAAUACUCGAGCCACCACAACCUGUCGUUCAGGGUGGAGGAGAGCAGCCGAAGGCCCGCUCACCUGGUCGUAAAAUUAUUGUACCAGGGGGGCCAGACGGAGAUCGUCGCCGUCGACGUCGCUCGGGUGAGUAAGAAAGAAGAAAGCUCUCGCCGGAACUUAUCUUCAUCUCUCCCACAGCCGGCGUGCCGGAAUCUCCGCUGAUGGCGCCGGUGCUCAAUGCAGGUGGGCUCAUCGGAUUGGCAGUACAUGACCCGAGACUUCGGCGCCAUUUGGAGCACGGGGCGCGCCCCCACCGGCGCCCUCCAGUUCCGGCUGGUGGUGACGGGCGGCUACGACGGGAAGUGGGUGUGGGCGGAGGAGGUCCUGCCGGCGGACUGGAGGACUGGGGCCGUCUACGACGCCGGCGUCCAGAUCAACGACAUCGCGCAGGAGAGUUGCUUCCCCUGCGACUCCGAGGUCUGGAAGUGA